AUCGGCGAGCUGGGCGGUUAAUGAUUAUUUGACUUGUUUCUCGUGCUCCUGUCCCUGCGUGGAUUGACAGGCGCGUCAGAGGCUGGGGGAACGCCCCCCGCUCAUGUGUCCGGAGCACCGCGCCUCGCUGCAGUCUCAUACACUUAUUCCGCAGGGAGGGAGCUGCUCGGACCCGCACAGGACCAAAGGACGGAAAACGGCCAGUGGCACAAAUGGCUAGACUGGUGUACACGGCCGCCUCGGUGCUCUUUGGGAUUUCUACCCUGUGUUUUACGGCACGGAUUUACCCACCAAACGAAGUGACGUUACUGGACUCCAGAUCAGUACAGGGGGAGCUGGGAUGGGUUGCAAGUCCAACAGAAGGAGGGUGGGAGGAGGUCAGCAUCAUGGAUGAGAAGAACACGCCCAUCCGCACCUAUCAGGUGUGCAACGUCAUGGAGCCGAACCAGAAUAACUGGCUGCGGACGGACUGGAUCGCCCGCGGCGGCGCCCAGCGGGUCUACAUCGAGAUCAAGUUCACGCUGAGGGACUGCAACAGCCUGCCGGGGGUGACGGGCACCUGCAAGGAGACCUUCAACCUCUACUACUACGAGUCUAAUAACGACAAGGAGCGCUACAUCCGCGAGAACCAGUUCGGCAAGAUCGACACGGUGGCGGCGGACGAGAGCUUCACGCAGGUGGACAUCGGCGACCGCAUCAUGAAGCUGAACACGGAGGUGCGCGACGUGGGGGCGCUGUCCCGCAAAGGCUUCUACCUGGCCUUCCAGGACGUGGGCGCCUGUAUCGCCCUGGUCUCUGUGCGCGUCUUUUACAAGAAGUGCCCUCUGACUGUGCGCAACCUGGCCCAGUUCCCAGACACCAUCACGGGGGCCGACACCUCCUCGCUGGUGGAGGUGCGUGGCUCCUGUGUCAACAACUCGGAGGAAAAGGACGUGCCCAAGAUGUACUGUGGGGCGGACGGCGAGUGGUUGGUGCCCAUUGGGAACUGCCUGUGUUACCCUGGGUUCGAGGAGCGCAGCGGAGAGUGUCAGGCCUGCAAGAUUGGCUACUACAGGGCCCUGUCCACGGAUGGGGGCUGCUCCAAGUGCCCCCCUCACAGCUACUCCACCCGUGAGGGCUCCACCUCUUGCAGCUGCGAUAAGGGCUACUUCCGCGCUGAGACCGACCCACCAGCCAUGCCCUGCACACGUCCACCCUCGUCCCCCCAACACCUGAUCUCCAACGUCAACGAGACGUCCGUGAACCUGGAAUGGAGCCCUCCGGUCUCGACGGGUGGCAGGCAGGACCUGACCUACAACGUAGUGUGCAAGCGGUGUGGGGGGGCGGGCCGCCGCUGCCAGCCGUGUGGGGCCGGCGUGCACUAUGCCCCCCAGCAGCUGAGCCUGCGUGCUACGCGCGUCUCCAUCACCGACUUGCAGGCCCACACCAACUACACCUUUGAGAUCUGGGCUGUGAACGGCGUGUCCAAGCAGAGCCCGGGGCCUGAGCAGGCCGUAUCCGUCACCGUCACCACCAACCAGGCCGCUCCCUCCCCAGUGGCCUCCAUCCAGGCCAAAGAUAUCACGAGGCACACGGUGUCCCUGGCCUGGCAGGAGCCGGAAAGGCCCAACGGAGUCAUCCUGGAGUACGAGGUCAAAUACUACGAGAAGGACCAGAAUGAGAGGAGCUACCGCAUCAUCAAGACGGCGUCCCGCAGCGCCGACAUCAAGGGCCUGAACCCGUUGACCUCCUACGUGUUCCACGUGCGGGCACGGACUGCCGCCGGGUAUGGUGACUUCAGCGCCCCCUUCGAGUUCAUGACCAACUCCGUUCCGUCUCCAGUCAUCGGCGAUGGUGCCAACCCCACGGUGCUGCUGGUGUCGGUGGUCGGCAGUGUGGUCCUGCUCGUCAUCCUCAUCAGCGCCUUCAUCAUCAGCAGGAGGAGAAGCAAGUACAGCAAAGCCAAGCAGGACGCGGACGAGGAGAAGCAGCUCCACCAAGGUGUGAGGAUAUACGUGGACCCCUUCACGUACGAGGACCCCAACCAAGCCGUCCGUGAAUUUGCCAAGGAGAUUGACGCAUCUUGCAUCAAGAUCGAAAAAGUCAUCGGAAUCGGCGAGUUUGGCGAGGUCUGCAGCGGCCGCCUUAAGAUGCCAGGGAAGCGGGAGAUCUGCGUGGCCAUCAAGACGCUGAAGGCGGGCUACACCGACAAGCAGAGGCGGGACUUCCUGAGCGAGGCCAGCAUCAUGGGCCAGUUUGAGCACCCCAACAUCAUCCACCUGGAGGGCGUGGUCACAAAGUGUAAACCAGUGAUGAUCAUCACGGAAUACAUGGAGAACGGAUCACUGGAUGCCUUCCUGAGGAAGAACGACGGGCGCUUCACGGUGAUCCAGCUGGUGGGGGUCCUACGUGGCAUCGCCUCGGGCAUGAAGUACCUGUCCGACAUGAGCUACGUGCACCGGGACCUGGCCGCCAGGAACAUCCUGGUGAACAGCAACCUGGUGUGCAAGGUGUCCGACUUUGGCAUGUCCCGUGUGCUGGAGGACGACCCCGACGCCGCUUACACCACACGGGGGGGGAAGAUCCCCAUCCGCUGGACGGCACCGGAGGCCAUCGCCUACAGGAAGUUCACAUCGGCCUCGGACGUCUGGAGCUACGGCAUCGUCAUGUGGGAGGUGAUGUCAUACGGCGAGCGGCCAUACUGGGACAUGAGCAACCAGGAUGUCAUCAAGGCAAUCGAGGAGGGCUACCGACUGCCCCCGCCCAUGGACUGCCCCGUAGCGCUGCAUCAGCUCAUGCUUGACUGCUGGCAGAAGGAGCGCAGCGACCGGCCCAAAUUCAGCCAGAUCGUCAACAUGCUGGACAAGCUGAUCCGCAACCCCAACAGCCUGAAGAGGACGGGGGCCGAGACGGGCAGGCCUAACACAGCCCUUCUGGACCCCACCAUCCCGGACUUCUCCUCACUGGGCUCGGUGGCCGACUGGCUGCAGGCCAUCAGGAUGGAAAGGUACAAGGACAACUUCAGUGCCGGCGGGGUCACCAGCCUGGAGGCCGUGCUGCACAUGACUGAGGACGACCUGCUGCGCAUCGGCGUCUCGACGGCACCCCACCAGAGGAAGAUCCUGAGCAGCGUGCAGGCGAUGCAGGCCCAGGUGCAGCAGAUCCAGGGCAGGAUGGUGCCCGUCUGAGGCCGGGGCACGCAUCACUGCUUUUAUAAGGAAAGAAAAACAAAACCGAAAAAAAUGUUUACCUCAUCAUGCACUUUAAACUGAAUUUAAAUGGAUCAGGAGGGAGGGAGAGAAGAGCAGGCACUUUGUAAAGGAUCCAUCCGCCCCUCGGCACCCGGAACUUUCCAUCUGCGGCAUGGAGCUGGCCUUCCAGUAGAAGCCUUCCGAGGACCCUGACCUGCACCUGGACCUGCGUUUCUUUUUGGUUUCAGAGGCUCCUUCCUGCCAAGUGGCCGAUUGUUUUUGUCUUUGUGUUGGUUUGUGACCCGCUUCUUUAUGAUUUGCUGCCAUGUGACUUGGUGCGUUUCUCACGCACGCCGGUCUGAGACGUCAGGCCUAAUGAGCCCCCCACUUUCGGGGGGGGGUGGGGGGGCUUUUUUGAUCAUUAAGCUCUAUUUGUUGGAAUGAAGUAUAUUUUCCUCAGGACAUUUUCAGAAAUUCUUUGAUCGGAAGGAGCGUGCGCCCCCCGCCCCCGUACCAUCCU